UAGAACUUAAAGUUUGAUGAAUUCGUUGUUUUGUCAAGUUUUCCCCUGAAAGUGUUUUAAAAGACAAUGACAGCGGUCCGUUGCUCUUUAUGCUGAACGGUUUCACCACGAGCUUCUCAAGCUUUAAAUUUGUUGGUGUUGCCAUGGUAACUUCGCACUUGACUGUUGAGCUAUCUCAUAUCCGCGGUUUGUACCUUAAGUUUGUUUGUUUUGAGCGGACGACGGCAAAUUAAUGGAGUUCACUGGGAGCAGUUACAAAGGAGACACAAAAAAUGGCAGGAUGGAGGGAAAAGGAGAAUACACCUUUCCCACCGAGACCAAGUAUGAGGGAGAGAUGAAAGAUGGGAUGUUCCAUGGCAAAGGAGUGCUACACUUUCCAAAUGGAAGUAAAUAUGAGGCCACUUGGGAAAACGGCUUAGCUAAACAGGGAUCUUUUACCUUUGCUGAUGGUCUGCAGUACAAAGAGAAGGACUGGGACUACUGUGAUGGCUAUGACAGGCGCUUCUACAGUGAGAGGUGCCAUGGGCUCAGACCUGCAGGUGAAUCUCAGCUAACUGAUCUGAAUCCACCACGCGUUAUUCCUGAUCAGUGUUACGAUUGUGGAGAUGGCUUCUAUGACCCCACCACAAGAGUUGUCACUUCCUACACGGGCAGAUUCCUUAGGAAUGCAGAUGACUCGGAACAUGAGUGGAUUGUGCGCACUUGUCGGAAAGCUUGGGAUGAGGUUGUUGGCAUUGCUCCUGAAAUAUCUGCUGCAACCAGACCUGAAGAGUCCAGCAAUAUUAACUGACCCAAACUACACGUAACAUUUUCCUUUUAGUGAUAUUAAAACUAUAGGAAACGUUUUGAUUCUUUGUCUUGUCUUUGAUUUUGUGUAAGACAUAGAACAAGUGAAAAGCAAAACAAUAGGUUCAUAUUGCAUUGUUCACAUUCUUUAUUUUUCUUUUUUUAACCUAGGAGGCGAAACCGCUUCCUUUC